GCAAGAGCAUUCAUUCCUGAGGGCUGGGUUAGCUUUGCUGGAGGCUCCGGUGAAAGUACCUGAAAUCCCAGGAGAGUCGAGAUAGAGCAGUGGGGGCCCUUCUCAGUGAGAAUCGGCUGGUCAGGCAGCAUCAGUCUGCGUAAUGGGGAUUGAAAGCUUCGGUGGAAAUAGGAAGGAUGGUAAUGAAGAACCCCCAGACAGCGAGUGCGUGAGGUAGCCCAAUUGUGCCUGAAAGAAACAUCCAGAGUUGACAGCAUGCGACACUCGAGCGGGUUUUUGGUGGUUUUAGCUUUAGAGGGAACAUCGGAGGUAAUUACGGUCGCCUACAUGCAAAGCAAGCAUGGAGUUCAGUCACGGUGGAAAAGCCAAAAGCCACAAGGGUUGAUUGAAAGCUUUUCCUACUCUAGCCUCCGGGUAAUAAUAACCGUUGCUCUUUAUUUCUCUAAUGCAUUUACAGACGUCGCAACAAACCGAAGUAAGGUUUUUGGCACCUCCUCAUAGACUCAGAUGAGACCAUGACGGCCUUCGCGAGGGACAGGUGCUAAUACCUUGCCCCAGCCCCUGUCACUGUUUAUCCUGGCCAUUUCCAAUCUCAGUAUCUAAAUGCCACAGUGCUCUUGGGGCACGUUGGGCUGGGAACCACUGUUGCCUUGGAAGACCAUAAAACCAUGGGAAACGCAGAAAGUCAAAAUGUAGAGCAUGAGUUUUAUGGAGAAAAGCAUGCCAGCCUGGGCCGCAAGCACACGUCGCGCUCCCUGCGCCUGUCGCACAAGGCGCGGCGGACGAGGCACGCGUCCUCGGGGAAGGUGAUCCACAGGAACUCCGAAGUGAGCACGCGGUCCAGCAGCACGCCCAGCAUCCCCCAGUCUCUGGCCGAAAAUGGCCUGGAGCCCUUCUCCCAAGAAGGCGCCCUGCAAGACUUCGGCAGCCCCAUCUGGGUGGACCGAGUGGAUAUGGGCCUGAGACCCGUGUCGUACACCGACUCUUCUGUCGCCCCCAGCGUAGACAGCAGCAUCGUCCUCACAGCCGCCUCUGUGCAGAGCAUGCCAGACUCGGAGGAGAGCAGGCUUUACGGGGAUGACGCUGCGUACUUGGCUGACGGGGGCAGGAGGCAGCAUCCCUAUACAUCCAACGGGCCCGCUUUCAUGGAGACGGCGAGCUUUAAGAAGAAGCGCUCCAAAUCUGCAGACAUCUGGCGGGAGGACAGCCUGGAAUUCUCACUCUCCGACCUGAGCCAAGAACAUUUAACAAGCAACGAAGAAAUCUUGGUUUCCACUGAAGAGAAAGACUGUGAGGAGGCUCGGGGGAUGGAACCCCGGGCGAGUCCGCGGCGGCUCAGCGCCUGUCAGCGUGCCAAUUCCCUGGGUGACUUGUACGCUCAGAAAAACUCCGGGGUGACGGCAAACGGGGGGCCAAGGAGCAAAUUUGCAGGCUACUGUCGGAAUCUGGUGUCUGAUAUCCCCGAGCUUGCAAACCAUAAGAUGCCACUGGCUGCUGCUGAAGACUCUGUUCCUUACAGUAAUUACAACACACUCCCCUGUAGGAAAUCUCACUGUCUUUCCGAAGGUGCCACCAACCCACAAAUUAGCCAUAGCAACAGCAUGCAAGGCAGAAGAGCAAAAACAACUCAGGAUGUUAAUGCCGGCGAGGGCAGUGAGUUUGCGGACAGCGGGAUCGAAGGGGCCACCACCGACACGGACCUCCUGUCCAGGCGAUCCAAUGCCACCAACUCCAGCUACUCGCCCCCCACCGGCCGCGCCUUUGUGGGCAGCGACAGCGGCAGCAGCUCCACGGGGGAUGCGGCCCGCCAGGGGGUGUACGAGAAUUUCCGGCGGGAGCUGGAGAUGAGCACCACCAAUAGCGAGAGCCUGGAGGAGGCGGGCUCGGCGCACAGCGACGAGCAGAGCAGCGGCACCCUGAGCUCCCCGGGCCAGUCGGACAUCCUGCUCACGGCCGCGCAGGGCACGGUGCGCAAGGCCGGGGCGCUGGCCGUCAAGAACUUCCUGGUGCACAAGAAGAACAAGAAGGUGGAGUCGGCCACCCGGAGGAAGUGGAAGCACUACUGGGUGUCCCUGAAAGGGUGCACACUCUUCUUCUAUGAGAGCGAUGGUAGGUCUGGAAUAGACCACAACAGCAUCCCUAAGCACGCCGUGUGGGUGGAGAACAGCAUCGUGCAGGCUGUGCCUGAACACCCCAAGAAGGACUUCGUCUUCUGCCUCAGCAAUUCCCUGGGUGAUGCUUUCCUCUUUCAGACCACCAGCCAGACGGAGCUGGAAAACUGGAUCACCGCCAUCCACUCUGCCUGCGCGGCUGCCGUGGCGAGACAUCACCACAAAGAGGACACGCUCCGGCUCCUGAAGUCCGAGAUCAAAAAACUGGAACAGAAGAUUGAUAUGGAUGAGAAGAUGAAGAAAAUGGGUGAAAUGCAGCUGUCUUCAGUCACCGAUUCGAAGAAGAAGAAGACUAUAUUAGAUCAGAUCUUCGUUUGGGAGCAGAAUCUCGAGCAGUUCCAAAUGGACCUAUUUCGUUACCGCUGUUACUUAGCUAGCCUCCAAGGUGGGGAACUGCCAAACCCCAAAAGGCUACUUGCUUUUGCAAGCCGACCAACGAAAGUGGCAAUGGGCCGCCUUGGAAUCUUCUCUGUAUCAUCCUUCCAUGCCCUGGUGGCAGCACGCACUGGUGAGACCGGAGUGAGACGUCGUACUCAGGCCAUGUCCAGAUCCGCAAGCAAGCGAAGGAGCAGGUUUUCUUCCCUUUGGGGUCUGGACACUACCUCCAAAAAGAAGCAGGGACGCCCCAGCAUCAACCAGGUGUUCGGUGAGGGAAGUGAUGCUGUAAAGAAAUCUUUAGAGGGAAUAUUUGAUGACACUGUUCCAGAUGGCAAGAGGGAGAAAGAAAUGGUCUUGCCCAGCGUCCACCAGCACAAUCCCGACUGUGACAUUUGGGUCCACGAGUAUUUCACACCAUCGUGGUUCUGCCUGCCAAAUAAUCAGCCAGCCCUGACGGUCGUCCGGCCCGGGGACACUGCCCGGGACACCCUGGAGCUGAUCUGUAAGACACAUCAACUGGAUCACUCUGCUCAUUACCUGCGUCUGAAAUUUCUAAUAGAAAACAAAAUGCAACACUACGUUCCAAAGCCCGAGGAGGACAUUUAUGAGCUGCUGUACAAAGAAAUUGAAAUUUGUCCAAAAGUCACUCAGAACAUCCAGAUUGAGAAGUCAGAUACAGCCAGUGAUAAUUAUGGCUUUUCCCUUUCCUCUGUGGAAGAAGAUGGUGUUCGAAGGCUCUAUGUGAAUAGUGUAAAGGAAACUGGCUUAGCUUCCAAGAAAGGCCUGAAAGCGGGAGAUGAGAUUCUCGAGAUCAAUAGCCGGGCUGCAGGCACCCUGAACUCCUCUGUGCUCAAAGAUUUCCUCACGCAGCCGUCCCUGGGCCUCCUGGUGAGGACCUACCCCGAGCUGGUCGGGGGUGUGGAGCUGCUGGACUGCCCGCCCCACCGAGCGGACGGCCCCGCGGAUCUCAACGACAGCCCCCUGGCCUUCCUCAGCAGCAACCCAGGGCACGGCCUGUGCGGCGAGCAGGGCAGUGGUGCUGAGACCGCUUUGGAGGAGACCGAAGGGCCGGACCUGGAAUCCUCAGAUGAAACUGAUCACAGCAGCAAGAGCACGGAACAGGUGGCCGCAUUUUGCCGCAGUCUGCAUGAGAUGAACCUCUCUGACCCGAGCCCGUCGCCUCAGGACUCCACGGGGCCUCAGCUGGCCACCAUGAGGCAGCUCACCGACGCUGACAAGCUGCGCAAGGUCAUCUGUGAGCUCCUGGAGACGGAGCGCACCUAUGUGAAAGACUUAAACUGUCUCAUGGAGAGAUACCUAAAACCUCUUCAAAAAGAAACUUUCCUCACCCAAGAUGAGCUGGACGUGCUCUUCGGAAACCUCACCGAAAUGGUAGAGUUUCAGGUGGAAUUUCUGAAAACCCUGGAGGAUGGAGUAAGACUGGUCCCUGAUUUGGAAAAGCUCGAGAAAGUCGAUCAAUUUAAGAAAGUGCUGUUCUCCCUGGGGGGAUCCUUUCUGUAUUACGCUGACCGCUUCAAGCUCUACAGUGCCUUCUGCGCCAGCCACACGAAGGUCCCCAAGGUCCUGGUGAAAGCCAAGACGGACACGGCUUUCAAGGCGUUCUUAGACGCCCAGAACCCGAAACAGCAGCACUCGGCCACUCUCGAGUCUUACCUCAUCAAGCCCAUCCAGAGGAUCCUCAAGUACCCGCUUCUGCUGAAGGAGCUCUUUGCCCUGACGGAUGCCGAGAGCGAGGAGCACUACCAUCUGGACGUGGCCAUCAAGACUAUGAACAAGGUUGCAAGUCAUAUCAAUGAAAUGCAGAAAAUUCAUGAAGAAUUUGGGGCUGUGUUUGACCAGCUCAUUGCUGAACAGACUGGUGAGAAAAAAGAGGUUGCAGAUCUGAGCAUGGGGGACCUGCUUUUGCACACCACCGUGAUUUGGCCAAACCCGCCAGCCUCCCUGGGAAAGUGGAAAAAGGAGCCGGAACUGGCAGCCUUUGUCUUCAAAACUGCUGUGGUCCUUGUGUAUAAAGACGGUUCCAAACAGAAGAAGAAACUUGUAGGAUCUCACAGGCUUUCAAUUUAUGAGGACUGGGACCCCUUCCGGUUUCGGCACAUGAUCCCCACUGAAGCUCUGCAGGUUCGAGCUUUGGCAAGUGCAGACGCGGAAGCAAAUGCCGUGUGUGAAAUUGUCCAUGUAAAGUCUGAGUCUGAAGGGAGGCCGGAGAGGAUCUUCCACCUGUGCUGCAGCUCUCCAGAGAGCCGGAAAGAUUUCCUGAAGGCCGUGCAUUCAAUCCUGCGUGAUAAGCACAGAAGACAGCUCCUCAAAACUGAAAGCCUUCCCUCAUCCCAGCAAUAUGUACCUUUUGGAGGAAAAAGAUUGUGUGCGCUCAAAGGGGCCAGGCCAGCCAUGAGCAGGGCAGUGUCCGCCCCAAGCAAGUCUCUUGGCAGAAGGAGGCGGCGACUGGCUCGAAACAGGUUUACCAUUGACUCUGAUGCCAUCUCGGCCAGCAGCCCGGAGAAAGAGUCCCAGCAGCCCCCCGGUGGCGGGGACACUGACCGAUGGGUAGAGGAACAGUUCGAUCUUGCUCAGUACGAGGAGCAAGACGACAUCAAGGAGACAGACAUCCUCAGUGACGAUGAUGAGUUCUGUGAGUCCGUGAAGGGCGCCGCGGUGGACACAGACCUGCCCGAGCAGCUUCAGGCUGCGUCCAUCAGUCAGCGGGAGAGAGGCCGCAAAAGCCUGGAUAGUCACGCGUCUCGCAUGACGCAGCUCAAGAAGCAAGCCGCCCUGUCGGGCAUCAAUGGAGGCCUGGAGGGCCCGAGCGAGGAAGUCAUCUGGGUUAGGCGCGAAGACUUUGCCCCCUCCAGGAAACUGAACACUGAGAUCUGACUGUCACUUUCCCCUAGAGAGUGUGUGUAGAUACUCCCACCCCCCACGCCCUGCCCUCCCCCUGCCCCCUCCUGUCCCCUCAAGGAGGAGAAUGUCCCCGUAGGUGGCACUCUUGCACACACACACACGGUUUUGGCGGCUUGACUUUGUGCUGAAGCCACGUCGCCACCCAACUUCGUCAUCUCUCACGACACCAGAAAGAAUUGUCCAGAAUCCCAAAUAAGCUCGAGUUCCAUCUUCUGUACAUUCCUAAGGGCUCUUAUCCUCAACUAAUCAGGGCCGGAAAAAUUCAAAAAUAAAACAAAAAAAAAAGAAAGAUUCUGUAGCACUGGAAAAAGAAUCACCCCGGGUGUUUUAAGUAUGUUACGACAGAUUAGUUGAAGGGACAGCACAAAAACUAACAAUAAUAAAAGUCGCUCUAUCUGAAAUCAGUUCAGGAGCCAUCUCUCAGUUGGGGAAACCACGUUCAAACACAAAACACAACAAAGCAACUGUACCGUCUACAAUGUUCUUACUCCUUCCCCUCUUAAAUGUCUGAGAAUAUCUGUGUAUUUUAAGAAUGUGUGAGGAGACGGUGGAGAUGUAUGUUUUGAUGAGUUGUUUUUUGGAGUUUUUUUUUUUUGUUGGUUUUUUGUUUGUUUGUUUGUUUUCUUCUCUCUCUUCUGUUUUGGUCCAUGGCUGGUCUUACUCAGUGUCCGUGUUCGGAAGUUCUAGUUUUGCAUAGAAUUAUAAAGAUGCCAAACUCUUUAAGAAGAGAUCCAAAUUUAUCACUUGAAAAAAAAAAAACACAAAAAAAACACUAUUUUUUGUAUUUUACUUGAGAUGCAGGGGCACAAACAGAUAAGAAUUUUACAGUGCUAGUGUAACUCUGAAUCUAAAGAAAUGAGGAUUUUACCUUUUACAGAGAGAGUGAGGCAUGGUGAUUUUAUAUUUAUAUAUGAAAGGCCAACAAGAUGCUUAGGAGAAACUUUUAAAGAAACAGAUUGCUUUUUUUUUUUCUUUUUCUUUUUUUAAUGUUUGAAUCUCUAUGCGAGAUGGGAGCUUGGCUGGAUUAAACAUGACACCCGGAUGGGCAGUGUGUUAUGUCUGUUGCACGUGGCGGGGGAGGGGAGGCUCCUUCUCAAGGGGUUGCCAUGGUGAUCAUUGGUUUUCCCAUCAAAGUUGCAUCCUCAUCCAUAGAAUACCUGUCCCUUCCCUGACGGUCCACACCAGACCCCUUAACAAAACAGCCUCUUCAGAAACCUAUCUUGUGUUUAAUACUUUCAACAUGCCAACGAAAACAGGGUAAACACGCUAAAAAACCUAACGUUCUCAACAGAUUUCCAAAUAGGAAGAACAAAAACAAGUUAAAGCACUUUUGAUUCUUUUAAAACGGUUUAUAGCUUUUUUUUUUUUUCUCCCAUUUCACAAUGUCCACUUCCUAAGAAGGGUUUCAAUAAUACGAAAACUUUCUUUUUUGGGGAAAAUAUCUAUUUGGUGUUUGACACAUCAGUAGGUACUUUAAAGACCUGAAUUUUAUAGUAGCUUUAGGAAUUAUAUUUUAUAAAAAUCAGUUAUGACUUUAUAUUUCCAGACAAUAGAGAGUUCAGAACGUCACGCUCCGGUACCCCUGCUUGCUUUACCCGCUUUUCCACCCUCUGUCCCCCCCCCCCCCACCCUUUCGGGUUUCCAGGGCUUUGAGCUUGAUCUUUUGAAAGUUUUAUUCUAUUAAAUUUUUGCUAUAUCUUCUGGUUUUCUUAAAAAGCUUUAGAAUGGUUUCUAUACCCUUUGUACCACUGCAUUGUUCCAUAUCACCUCUAGUUCGAUUGUGUCCAGAUGGAAAACGGAAGCAGAGACUUCUGAUAGCCACACUAGUCCCAGUGCAACGGUUCCGUCUGCAGAUGCUAGAAAGUCUGGUGCUUAGAGAGGGUGCCAUUGUCUCUUGUACAUAAGGUCAUGACGUGUCUAUGUCAAAAGUUCUUAUAUAUUUCUUUUAUAAGCUGAAAGAAGGUCUAUUUUUAUGUUUUUAGGUCUACGAAUGGAACGUUGUAAAUGCCUGUCAAACAAUAAAAAUACUGAAAAGUA